AUGUUAACUUGUAAUUAUAUAAAUGGUGUUACUCCAAAUACAGUAAGUGGUGGUUCAAAUCAAUUCAGUUUGUUUGAUAUUAAAGGAAAAGUAGCUUUGGUAUCAGGUGGUGGAAGUGGUAUUGGUUUAGGUAUUUCUGCUGCAUUGAUAAAACACGGAGCAAAAGUAUAUAUUUGUUCUCGUGAUUUCAAGAAAUGUGAAGCAACAGCUCAAGAACUUACAAAAAUAGGACCUGGUACUUGUAUUGCAAUCGCUGCUGAUAUUUCAAAGGUAGAUCAAUUGGUUUGGUUUGGUUUAGUUAAUAAUAGUGGUUGUAAUUGGGCAGCAGAGUUGGAGGAAUUUCCAGACAGUGGAUGGGAUAAGGUUAUGAAUUUGAAUGUUAAAGCUGUUUUCAAUUUGACCGUCGCUUGUUUACCAUUGUUGAGAGUGAAGGCAACCAACGCUGAUCCAAGCAGAGUUAUUAACAUCGGUUCGAUCGACGGUAUUCGUAUUCCAUCGCUCGACACUUACUCGUACUCUGCAAGCAAAGCGGCGGUACAUCAACUCACCAAGACACUGGCCAACCGUUUGGCACAUGAAAACAUCACUGUCAAUGCGAUUGCAGCCGGUCCAUUCAUGAGUAAAAUGACCAAAGUAACCUUUGAAAAGUUUCACGAUGCUGUAACAGCAAGUGUUGCACUUGGUAGAAUGGGAGACAACGAAGAUCUAGAGGGUAUUACCAUUUUCUUAAGUUCCAAAGCCAGAUGGAGGGAAGAAUUUGGCGCUCAAAUUUGA